CAGUUUUCACUUGACAUGACUAAAAGUAUUGCCUCUGAGAUCAUUCAAAAAUAUGAGCCUAUUGAAGAAGUUAAGCAAGCACACCAGAUGUCAUUUGAAGGUUUUACAAGAUACAUGGAUUCAUCUGAAUGUCUACUAUUUAAUAACAAGUGUGAAAGUGUUUAUCAAGAUAUGAGUCAUCCAUUAAAUGAUUAUUUUAUCUCAAGUUCACAUAACACAUACUUGAUAUCUGACCAACUAGUGGGACCAAGUGACCUUUGGGGAUAUGUGAGUGCCCUUGUGAAAGGAUGCCGUUGUCUGGAAAUUGACUGCUGGGAUGGAUCACAAAAUGAACCUGUUGUGUACCACGGGUAUACACUCACCAGCAAGCUUCUGUUCAAAACUGUUAUUCAAGCGAUACACAAAUAUGCGUUCAUUACCUCUGACUACCCGGUGGUGCUCUCUUUAGAAAAUCACUGCUCCCCUUCCCAGCAAGAAGUGAUAGCAGACAAUUUGCAGUCUAUUCUUGGAGAGGCCCUGCUUUCUGAUAUCCUUGAUGAUUUUCUAGACAAACUACCAUCACCAGAGGCAUUAAAAUUCAAAAUAUUAGUUAGAAACAAGAAAAUAGGGACCUUAAGGGAAACCCGUGAAAGAAAAGGUACUGAUAAGCAUGGUCAGAUAGAGGAAUAUGAAGAAAUUGAAGAGACAGAUCAAGAGGAGGAAGAGGACGAAGAGAAAGAAUCAGAAAUAUGGGAUAUUUUAAAAGAUAAUCCAGAAAAGGAAACGGAGUCCAAAGGGGUGGCUGGCUUACCACUAUUCAAGAAAAAGAGGGUGAGAUGAUACUCUGUAAAAGUGGCUCUGGCCCUGUCUGAUCUCGUCAUUUAUACAAAAGCCGAGAAGUUCAGAAGCUUCCACCAUUCAAGACUGCAUCAACAAUUUAAUGAAAGUAAUUCUAUUGGGGAGACAAAAGCAAGAAAACUUUCAAAGCUGAGAGCUCAUGAGUUUAUUCUUCACACCAGGAAGUUCAUUACCAGAAUAUAUCCCAAAGCAACACGAGCAGACUCUUCUAAUUUUAAUCCUCAAGAAUUUUGGAAUAUAGGUUGUCAAAUGGUGGCCUUAAAUUUCCAGACCCCUGGUCUGCCUAUGGACCUUCAAAACGGGAGAUUUUUGGAUAAUGGUGGUUCUGGAUAUAUUUUGAAACCACAAUUCCUAAGAGAUAUUAAAUCAAAGUUUAACCCAAAUAAAGUACCAAAUGAUGGUAAUCCAAUUACACUUACAAUAAGGCUCAUCAGUGGUAUCCAAUUGCCUCCCAGUUAUCAUUCAUCAUCUAACAAAGCUGACGCAUUAGUGAUUAUAGAAAUUUUUGGUGUUCCAAAUGAUCAAGUGAAACAGCAGACUCGUGUGAUUAAAAAAAAUGCUUUUAGUCCAAGAUGGAAUGAAACAUUCACAUUUAUUAUUCAGGUGCCAGAAUUGGCAUUGAUACGUUUUGUUGUUGAAAAUCAAGGUUUAAUAGCUGGAAAUGAAUUUCUCGGGCAAUAUACUCUACCGGUUCUAUGCAUGAACAAAGGUUACCGUCGUGUUCCUCUGUUUUCCAAAAUGGGUGAGAGUCUUGAGCCUGCUUCACUGUUUAUUUAUGUUUGGUACAUCAGAUAGCAAC